AUGUUCUGCAUUGAAGAAGGAAAUGUUAUACCUCCAUCCGGAGCCAAGUACUCGGAAGAAAAACUGAAUAUUCUCUCCAGCAUUAAAGCCAAUUUGAUUAAGGCUUCUGAAGGAAUGACUCGGAUUGGUUAUGAAAAAGGAACAGGUACAAGCUUUUAUUUGCUUCCAAAUGUUAUUUGUACCAACUCACAUGUGGUAAAGACUUCCCCUUUCAUCUACCAGAACUCCUACUUGAAAGCCAAACAAGCAUCAUUCAAAAAACUUUUACCUGCAGAACAAAAGGUGCUCUUCUCAGGAACAGAUAUCCCUAACGCUGUCAAAAGAAAGGUAAGAUCCUUCCUCCAUAUGUUGAGAUCCAUUAUCAUCCACUCCUUGAAAGGUUAUAUCAGUACUUGA